ACAGAAAGUGAGAGCACACGAGAUUGAGCACAGAGGCAGAGAGAGGGAGACAGAGAGAAAGCCACAAAGCAGGAGGGUGUGCGGAGCAGAGCCAGAGCUUAGAAGGACCCGGUGAGGGCGGGUGCGGGCAGAGGCAAAGCCUGUGACCACAGGCGCCUGCAACCCAGGAUUCCAGGGGACCACAGGAGUUCAGCGUUGCACCGGGCGACUGGCCAAGAGGUGGUGCGGGGCUGGGGGUGACGGCUCUCCCAGGUGCUCGCCGGUGGUGAGGUGACCCAGAGUCCGAGUGGUUCCGCACCCAGGUGCUUGCCUGGGAGGUGGUGCGGGGCUCCGGGUGACUGCAUUCUUAGGUGCUUGUCCAGGGGGUGGAGCGGGGUUCUGGGUUGCUGGACGCCCUUCGGGUAGCCAUGGCGACGGGGACCAGGGGUCUCUGGGCCGCCGCGACGCCGCGGGGCUGAGCCGGCAGCGGACUGCGCCAUGGCGGCGCAGGGUUGCGGGCCCUGAGCGCCAGCUGCGGGCGCGCACCAUGAACUCGUGGGACGCGGGCCUGGCGGGGCUGUUGGUGGGCACUAUCGGCGUGUCGCUGCUGUCCAACGGGCUGGUGCUGCUCUGCCUCCUGCACAGCGCUGACAUCCGCCGCCAGGCGCCCGCGCUCUUCACCCUCAACCUCACUUGUGGCAACCUGCUGUGCACCGUGGUCAACAUGCCACUCACGCUGGCCGGCGUCGUGGCACAGCGGCAACCGGCCGGGGAUCGCCUGUGCCGCCUGGCUGCCUUUCUCGACACCUUCCUGGCCGCCAAUUCAAUGCUCAGCAUGGCUGCACUCAGCAUCGACCGCUGGGUGGCUGUGGUCUUCCCGCUAAGCUAUCGUGCCAAGAUGCGCCUCCGCGAUGCCGCGUUCAUGGUGGCCUACACGUGGCUGCACGCGCUCACCUUCCCGGCCACUGCGCUCGCCCUGUCCUGGCUGGGCUUCCACCAGCUGUAUGCCUCGUGUACGUUGUGCAGCCGGCGGCCCGAGGAGCGCCUGCGCUUUGCUAUCUUCACCAGCGCCUUCCAUGCGCUCAGUUUUCUGCUCUCCUUCAUCGUACUCUGCUUCACGUACCUCAAGGUGCUCAAGGUGGCCCGCUUCCACUGCAAGCGCAUCGACGUGAUCACCAUGCAGACACUCGUGCUUUUGGUGGACAUCCACCCCAGUGUGAGGGAACGAUGUCUGGAGGAGCAGAAGCGGAGGCGACAGCGUGCCACCAAAAAGAUCAGCACCUUCAUAGGGACCUUCCUCGUGUGCUUUGCUCCCUACGUGAUUACCAGGCUGGUGGAACUCUUCUCUACAGCACCCAUCGGCUCCCACUGGGGCGUGCUGUCCAAGUGCUUGGCCUACAGCAAGGCUGCAUCUGACCCCUUUGUGUACUCCUUACUGCGACACCAAUACCGUCGGAGCUGCAAGGAGCUUCUGAACAGAAUCUUCAACAGACGCUCCAUCCGCUCCCGCUCCGUGGGUCUCACAGGUGACUCUCACAGCCAGAACAUUCUGCCGGUGUCGGAAUGAAGGACGGCUCUCCUGCCGGGGCGUUCAGAACGAGAGGACAGAGCAAAGGGAGGUGGGCUGGUCUCCUGGGUGGACAUUUACUGCCGCCAUUGCCGGGUGAUUGCAGUGAUGUUGAUGUCUGAACAAGUUCCGGGGCCCGCUUCUUGGCUUUUCCAGGGUAGAUGUCAGACUGUUCCAUCACCAAAGGAUGGCCAUGGGCCGAGGCCUGGUCUUUCUUUCUGGGAGUGUAUUUUGAGCAUUUAGACUCACCAAAGGCCUCCCAAAGAAUGGUAGGCUAGUCACUGUCAAGGACACAGAGUGUUGAUGGCGGGUGUAGGGUAUGGUACACACCUGUUUGCUCGCUACUGGUCAUGGCGUUCCAUGCUCCAAGGGACAUUUCAGUGAUGCUGAAAGUGAGGUUGGCUGCGACCUUCUGAUCCAUAACUAAUAUGGCAACCCUUUUCCACUUGGUAGUGGUGGCUGCUGUAACCCAAAUAUUAUCCAGCUGGUGCCAACUACAGUACGCUCGGCUAACACCCUUGGGCUCUGUGCUCAAUGGAAAAGGGUUUAACAACCUGUUUGCUGCCCACCAGUUGUCGUAGGAAUGGGAAUUUGGAUUCAACUUCUGCCCCUCUUACAUCAAACAAACUAAUGUUUGCGUGUAUUGACAAUCUUAGCAUGAAAGUGGUCUCAAUAGACGGGUAAUAGAUAACACUAGAUUCUCUGAAAUCUGAGAAGGAAGUCACCUUCUUCUGAUUUGCAUGUCAUAGUUUUGAGAGCCCAGUAAAGUACGAAGAAGGUGUCCGGUCUGUCCUACUGCCCCACAUGGGAUCUAAGCUGGUAGGAAGGACUCCCUCUUGUCUUAGACAUCUUGCCCAUCAUCUCCUGUGAGGUGGAUGCCCAGGAGCUGCCUGAACAGGGAGGCAGUCUUCGUUUUCAGAUAGUGGGUUCCACUAUCCUGGUGGUUCAUUACCCUCAUUCUGCAAUUCUGUCCUGGGAAAGGGAAAGCAGGGACGGUCCAAGGUCACCACAAAAGUGCUUUGUGGCACUGAUGAGAGACUGCAAUUAGUACAGGAUGCUCUUCCAGUAAGAUACAUGCAGAUCUGUUGGGAACCGUUGUCUUGGUCUCAUUAAAAUCUAAGAUAAGGACUGGAAAGAUAGCUUAGCCAGUAAAGUGCUUACUAUAAAGCCCCGAGUCUGACCCCAAGAAUCCACACUGAAGGCAAACUGGCCAUGGUGGCAUGCGCUGGAGAAGCGAGAGAAGUCGCUCCCCAGGGCUCACUGGUCAGCCAAGAUUUAGCUGAACUGGUAAGUUACAAGCCAGUGAUGGGCCUCAAAAAGAAAGAACAAUGUAGAUGGCAGCUGAGAAACAACACCUGAAGUUAACCUCUAACCCCACCAUAGAGCAGCGUGCAUGUACACACACACACACACACACACACACACACACACACACACACACAAACGUGCGUGACUUCCUGUCUCAUCAUUACAGACUGACUUGAGAAUGCUCAGAACAGCUGUUGCUUUGCGCUGUAAGAGACUUCCCUGGGUGGGAAGGGUGGAGCGCCAUCAAGUCAGAAGCAUCUUUCCUUCCUUGUAACUUUACACAACCUAGCCUCACAAAUACAAAGGGAACUCUCCACCAGGGACCAAGCCGAAGACCAUUGGUUUUCCUUGCCACGCAGCCCCGGUGGUUAAAGGCAGAGAAAUCUCUACUUGUCUAUUUGAAAAGAGAGCCUAUCAUUAACUCUUGGCAAUUCAUUUAGAAAACAACUCCACCAGGCCUGGUGUUGUCAGGCUUCAGAGUUUCCAUGGAGACCGUUGUAACAUCUAAGGAGGCUUUACUAUCUUCCUGUUGCUGGGAGAGAUGUACUUGCUCCUACCUUGUUGGGGAAAAAGAACCUGGGCUCCAGCGGGGACUCCUCAGGACACUUGUUUCACUUUGUACCUAUCUCUGUCCAGCCAACCUUAUGGGGGAGUUGGUGAGGUCCACUCCUCCCUCCUGUGACAAGAGAUGUCACCCAGGUAGCUUGAAUUUAGCCACGGUGAAAGUUUUAAUGCACCCAGAAUAACUAAGUGUUGUAAAUCAGGCCUUCCUUUCCCCAGAGCUGGUUGUCACCCAUCUACUAGAACAACACUGACACACAUUUGUUUCUGGGACAAAACUGUCCUGGUUCAGAGUCCAUUUGGCCCCAUCUAGCACAAAUCACCGCAAUCAUUUCUAUAGCUCGGCUAGAGAAGAGCAGCUGUAUCUACCCUCUGCUGUCCCAAAACUCAAAGUGCUAGGGAAGCUCAAAUCAAGUAGGGAGCCAAGACAGCAUGCACCAAAUAAUCUCCCCCUUCACACAAAUACUGCUAAAGUUGGGCAAAAUAGGAAUGGUGACCCAGAGGGAGAAGUCAGUAGAUAGGCAGAGGUGAGUAGGGACAUCCUCUUCUCCCAUAUUGGUUUGGAGGGAGAGUAACCCUAUCAAUCCUUUCUCUGCCUGCUCUGUGUUGGCAACAUAUUGCACCCUGAGUUGCACUAAGUUCUCGCUGUCCCUUCCAUAACUAAGAAGCAGGAAUUGCCACCCACGACACCUCUUAUCCGGAAGGAUGUAUGCUGUAAUUUUCACUAUGCCUCUAAAACUGCUUACCAUCUAAUAAAACCCACUACAUUGGCAUCAUGCCACCGACAAGAACCCCAGAUAAGCCCAUUGAUGGAGAGUUUUCAUUAUCACUUAGGCACAGGCUUGAAAACCCAAGGGAAGCGAGAAGGAAGCGGCUCCAUUGGCAAUGAGCACCAGCCAAUGCCACGGCAAUUGCCUCCCAUAAAAGUUGAUAGCAGUCCGCACAUCUCUAAAACAUGCCCCUGGAGGUCACUGCUUCCACCUGAGUGAUCUACCUCAUUCUGGCAAUUUAAUUAAGCAAACAACGUGUGAUUUUCUCAGGUGUGAGGUAUAUGAAACAAGACUCCGUCCCCCCAAGGUGAAAGGUCUCAGUGACUUGCUUGACUCCCGCUGGUUCCUGGAGACACUUCACGGCACUUGGACUCGAGGGCCACUGGGCAGGUGAAACCAUUUUGUGAAGCUUGGGAGUACUGCCAACAGAGGAGAGGCCUCUUCCACAUCCCAAAUCCACUCAGAGGGCUCAGUUCCGGCCUCACACACAUGGCUUGCCUUUUAUAAUCUCUCUGCCCCAUCUGCCUUUUUCUUGCAUUCCCUUCUAGGAGGUCAGGAAUUCAGAAACCUGGGGCCCUUGGGCAUAGAGGAUACUUGCUGAAUGGCACACUACUGGUGUCUGGCUAGCUCACCGCCCAUAGACAGGUGUCUGUAUUCAGCUGGGAAAUGAACAGGGCUUGGUGAUCUCCUUGGCUUGUUUCCUACUGUGUUUUCUUCCAGGGCUCAGUUCAGGCUCCUGUCACUCUGAGCAAUAAAACUCUUGUCUUGCAUUUAUGAGAUACACUUUGUUUUGUUUUUCAUGUGUCUCUCUCCUCGAGAGAAGGUAGACAGAAUAGGGCCAGGCUUGUGCGCUCAUUGUCACUCUUGCCCAGGCUUAGAGGCAGGUAGUCAUCAGCUCUUGGCUGUGAUGUGGCUGUUGGAUGAACCCAAAGAUGGUGUAUUGUCAGGAUUUGGCCUUAACACAGGGUUAAGUCAGUUGCCUGAUUUUACUGAGGAUAUGAGGACUUUUUUUUUUUUUUUUUUUUUUUUUUUUUUUGAUUUUCAAGACAGGGUUUCUCUGCAGCUUUUGA